GAGAGAGAGAGAGAGAGACCAUCGUCUACGAAACCACCGCAUUGACCUCUCAGUCUGAGGUGGGAGGCGGAAGAUUCCCCCCAUCAGCUGAAUGAAAGCUGCUGCCCUCAGUGAUCAUUAGUCGCUUCCCUCUCGUGCGUCUUUCAGCACCAUGGACAGCGGGCGAGGGAAGCCACCGAGGAGCCACCGUUAAACGCAGCCUUUCCCAGGAAGAGGAGAACGGGAGGGGGGGGCGAGUUGAAGUGCUGGAAGCGCAGUUAAGCUCCUUUCUCCCUCCCUACUUUUCAAGCAGGCUGAAUGUUUAGGGAGGGCGCUCAACACGCAGUCCUGAGCAGCAGGGGCUGACGGAGCUGCCAGGUAGCAAGGAAGGAAGACGCCCGGGAAGCACCCGCUCUCCAACCACGGGGAGGGCUGGAUCCGGACUCCAGACACCCGAGAACCCCCAGCCUCUCCUUCUCCGUCGGAAGCCGAUCUUGUCCCCCCCCUCCCGCCUUGCCAGGAGAAUGCUGGCAGCGGUGCAGCUGGGGCUCCAGCGCCCAGUAGCCUUGUAAAAACCCUUUGCCCUGCCUUGUCUUGCGGAAACGGGCGUCUUCUUGGCAUUACCCCGAUGUGACCCCCCCUCCCUCUCGCUCUGGAAUAAUGGGGAUCUUCUGGGCUUAUGUUGGAUUCCUUUCCUUGUCGGUAUUAUACAUUCAGCAAGGACUUUCUUCCCAAGCCAAAUUUACUGAAUUCCCUCAAAAUGUCACAACUACUGAGGGGCAGAAUGUGGAGAUGUCUUGUGCAUUCCAGAGUGGCUCUGCCUCAGUGUACCUGGAAAUCCAGUGGUGGUUCCUACGGGCAGCUGAGGACCAAGACCCUGGAACAGAGGUGGAGAGAGAUUUGGACAACGAUGGAACAAAGAUAAGCACAGUGAAAGUACAAGGGAACGACAUCUCCCACAAACUGCAGAUCUCCAAAGUCAGGAAAAAGGAUGAAGGGUUGUAUGAGUGCAGAGUGAUUGACGCCAAUUAUGGAGACCUCCAGGAAUACAAAGUCCAGGCCUAUCUCAAGGUCAAUGCAAACAGCCACACCCGACGAAUGCAGGCCUUUGAAGCUUCCCCAAUGUGGCUACAGGAUAAACCUCGUAAAAACAUCUCAGCAGCCAUCCCCAGUAGCAUCCAUAACUCUGCCAGCCAACGUAUGCGCCCCACCUCCAGCCCUCCAGCAGAUGCCAAAAUCCCCAAACAAAGCCCACAAUCAGGUGCGAGGAUAGCUACAAGCCAUGGACUUUCUGUCCUGCUUCUUGUUUGUGGCUUUGUGAAGGGUGCUUUGCUUUAAUCUAAAAAGUGCUGACUUUUUCCAAUAUCACUUUCUCUUCUUAAAGCAAAGAGCAAAUCGCCUGUAAAACCUACGGAGCGGACAGCAAAGUUGACCCUAACUUCCAACCACCUCUCUGCACCCAAUGUACUCUAAUUCUCUACACAAAAGGAGCACCUUCUUCAGGACACACACACAAAAAACAAAAUGUUUAAAAGAAUUUUUUUGCAAAAGGAGAGAAGAGGCUAGCAUAUAGUUUCUUCAAGUCUUACUUUCUUUGGAAUGUACCACUGGUCUUUUCUUUGAGGGGAUCUGGAGUGCUGUAACAGAACAUUGUUCAACUUGACGACAACAUUUUCUUCCACUUUCCCCCUUCCUUUUUGAUUCAGUGAAGAGAAGCAUUGAAUUCCCUUGAGUCUUCAGGGGUUGCCUAGAAAUUUUUAGCAUCAUCCAACCGAACAUUUGUUCUUAUACUUGGACAAGCACCCCUUCCCCAAAUCUCAGCCCAAAACUUGCCCGGCCUGCAAGAUCUAAAACAACACAACCUUGUGUUGAAAGUGCUUUUUGUUCUAGGCAGCAAAUCUGAGAAGAAUUCAAAGCUGCUCACUGUACAAGAGGACUAUAUGUUUCUGGACGAGGCGGAAGAAAGUGUUGGAACUUCUCCUGCGCAUCCUAUCUUCUUUCAUUUGAUUUUCCCUCUCUCAUUACUGUUUCUUGCUUUCUUUCCUGUUUGAUGGUGGCAGCUGCUGGCCCUCGCCAACCCCUGGGGAGCACUUGAAGGUUUCUAUAAAUACAUCCUUUAUUUGUGUGUGUUCUCUAUUUUGAUGUGUUUUCUCUAAUUUUGCAACUCCUGUAUAUGCAAACCUAACUUAAAUUCUGUAAAUUGCUUACAGUAUGUGUGAUAUAACUUCAGAAUAGACAUUCUGUGGUCCAUCCUGCAAGCCAGUUUGAGUAUUAUCUCAGUGUGGUGCCACCAAAUGACAUCUCUGUUUCCUUUUCAACAACGCAUUCAUUUUAAUUUGUAAUUCAGUGCUAUGUGAGAUUUUGUAAUCCAUGCAAUCACUUUUCACUGGUCUGAGCCCUUGCAGAUGGCAAUGCGCCCCUCUGUUUACUCUGUAAAAAAUGCACAUUAAAAUUUGUUAUGGUCUCCAA